GUACAUUUUAAAAAAGUUAGUUAUAACAAUAAUCAUUUGACAACGAUUUAAUCAUCAACUUUUAUAUACUACUCUUUAUCUAUUGAAAGCUUCUCAUAGUUUAUAUAUUUCUCUUAAAUAUUAUUAAUACCAAUAUUAUUAUUAUUAUUAUUCAAUUGUAUUUCUUCUUCUUCUUCAUUACACCAUUUCUAUUUGAUAUAUUUCAUGAAAAAAAUUAUCACUAAUAUAACUUCAUUUAUUAAAAUAAUUAAGUCAUUAAUUCAAUUAAUAAAUGAAAUUUAAUUAUUAUUUUAAUUAAUUUCAUUCAAUAGUGAAAAAAACAUUUCAACAUUACAUAAUCAAUAGACGAUUAAUUUCAAAAGAAAAAAAACAUAUUUACAAAACUAUCAUAAAUCAUUUGAUUGAAUUGAUCAGUUUGAAAAAUAAAAGAAAAAAAAGGACAAUACAAGAUAAAAUUAAUUGAGAAGUUAUAGAUAUCGAUGUUUUAUACCUUCAUAAUUAUUUGAUCAUUCAAUAAAUAAAUAAAUAAUUAUUGAUUUAUUUAUUUACGUUAAUUAAUAAAUUAACUAAAAUAAUCCAAUCUAUUCAAUAACUUGAAUCAAAUUGAAUCAUCCAAAUAUUUUGUUAUGCGAAUAACCAUAAUUAAUUCUCAUUCUGAUCAAAAGAAGAAAGAAACACGAUAACAAAUAAACAUGCCUAUACCAAGUAUUCAUGUAAAUUCGAUUGAAGACAAUGGAAAUGAUGACAGACGAAAAAAGAAACCUUCCAUACCGAUACUACAAGUAGUCGGUGACAAUAUGGAUGGACGUGAAAAUGAUGUUAACAGUGAUGAUGAUGACGACGAUGUAAUGACAGCUGAAGAAGAAGCCGCUAUCGCGCGUAGAUUUCUUAGUGGAAACGACCAAACAGAACAACGCAGAAUGUCUUCAUUGGACAUGUAUCUCUCGCAGCCAGAAGUAAAACAAGAACCCAUGAUAAUUAAUCGUCAUAUAAGUUUGAAAGAAGAAGAAAAAGGAUUUGAGGCAGAGCAAAUGCGACUUCGUCAAAAAGAACGUGAGGAAAUGGAAAAACAUCAAGAACAAUUAAGAUUAGAACGUGAAGAGGUUAAAAAAGCCAGAGCGUCCAAAAGACAUUCAAAAGUUGCUGAAGAACAAGAGUCCAGUAAAAAUAAUCAAGUAAGACGAAUGGAUUAUCAUAAACAAGGUCUUGGAGGUUUAAGUAAAGAGCGUAGAAAAAAAUUGAAGGAAAUGAUCUUGCAAAAGGCAAAAGAUGAACUUCUUGAAGAAAGAAGAAAAGAACUUCGUAACCGUGAAGAUCACAUCAAGAAACGAGCUCCUCCAUUCGACAUUGAUGGUUUAAAUCAGAUGCAACUUGAACAAAAGGUGAAGUCGUGGUACGAACACGUUAAACAAUUGGAAUCACAAAAAUACGAAUGGGAACAAAGAUUACGCAAACAGGAUGAAGAAAUUAAUGAACUGACAGCUCAGUUAUGCUCAAUUAAAGGACACUUUCAAAAACCAAUUCUUCGUAAAGUUGCUAAACCGAUGUCAACGGAUAGAUUACGCGCGAUGAGUGCCGCACCAAAUUUCAUGCCCAAAACGGGGCAUAAAAAUCCCGUGGAAAUGAAGAGAAAACUGUCGGAUGAUAGUAAUCAGGGUGUAAAAUCAAAUUUGAAUGGGACCGGUGGUGUACUCGCGAAAAGUUGAUGAGAAAUUAAUGCAAGAAGAACUAUUUCAAAAUAGUGAUGAAUAAGAACCGAUAUAUAUAUAUAUAUCUUAUGUUAUUCGUUUACCUUAUUGUAAGUCAGAUAAAAGUAACAACCAUAAAGACAACAAUAAUAUUGCACUCAUUUCUCUAUCUUCCUUUUAUUAUACAUUUUUCUCCAGAGCAGAAAAAGCACCUACAAAUUAAUCACAUGAGCAUGUAUUGUAACUUUUAAAUUGUAGAAAUUAUAGAGAAUCCAUCAUAUAAGGCUACCUUUAUACCAGAGGAAAUGAUUGUAAUUUUAACUUUUCUUGUCUAUUUUAUAAUUUCCAUUCAAAUGUUGUGAUUGAAUAACUACAUAAACACUUAUUUUUUGUCAUUUUAGAGACUAUCAACAUCAUUUACUUUAUUCUUUACUCACAUACUUUGUGAAAUACUCCAAUUAUUUUGCCAAUAACCCUUUGAUUAACUUUAUUCACGCUUCCGAUUAAUUAAAUGAAUAAGUAUUUGUUGGUGCGAUUUUAAAUGAUCAGUUAUUUCUCAGGUGGGCUAUAUAAUUUUAAAGUGUAUAUCCUUUCGUUCCUGUACCACACCUAUAAACUCAUAAAUUCAGAUUACAAGAUUGUUAUUAGUCCAAUAGUUUUCUCCUCACCAAAUGUACACUCAGUUGUUUUCCGCUUAAAAGUAAAUUUAACCUUCCGACUAACAAAAGUGGUAUCAUUUAAAAACCAGAUUAUGGGAAAACAAAGAUCAAAUUUUAAUAAAUACUGCUGAAGUGUGUUACUAAUUUGGUUAUUGCAUAAAAGUACGAAUGAAUAUCUCAGACAGUAGUGUAUCUCACUUUUUAAAAAAGGUCUGAAUUAUUUUUACAAUGUAGUCGGAGUGUCAAAUGGAUCUCUAUGAGAGAGACGAAUGCAUAGAUACAUUAUGAGUACGAAUAAUUACUGAAUUGCUAAAAAACGAAAACAUAGGAAACUAUGGUGAACACAAAUAGUUGUCUGUUAGUCAUCAAUGUAAUGUUCUGAUUUUAAUACUCAUCCAACUCGCACCGCUCGUAAAAGCGGUCGGAAACUUUACUCAGCAUUUAUUCGUCUUAGUCUUAUUGUCAGUCGUAAGUUGAUAAAACAGAAUGAACGAUGGCGCAAACUCGAGUUCCCAACUUGAGUAAAUAAACCACUCAAACUACUGGACCUAGCGCAACUGUGUCCAUCCAAUUUGCAAAAACCUACAUCAGCACUACAAGAGGAAACAAACACGAAGAAAAUUACAGUAAUGGAAACAGCAACACUAAAAGCAAUUAGGAGUGCAAACAGAAUAGAAAACACAGAGUACUGAAAUUUCUAAGAUGAAGGAUAAUUUCAUUCACAAUGAAACGAGUAAUUCUUGAGUUAUACACCUCAAUUUCCAACCACAGGUCACAGUCACUUUUUCACAGCUUACUUCUGCAGUAAAUUGAUGUGAGUAGUCGCCAAAAAUGCGUAACAUACAAAUAGUGAAUUUAUUAGCCUAUCUGAACUAGAAUCUAAACAGCCUAAAAACAUAAAUAAUGUACAGAUCUACAAAAUAAAAUAGGUAAAUUUCCCUUGUUGUGAACUAUGUUGUAUAUGGAUAGUAAGUGGUAAUUUUCAACAGCCUUGACUUGAUUCUGGAACUUUAUGUAGCCACUGGUCCUACAUAUAAGCACCAAAUUUUAAACUCAUCACUUUACAGCUUUAUCCGUUAUAUAUUCCUGGUUCAACAAACACGGUAAGUUGAGGUAAACAACUAGUGACUUAAAACAUAUGUAGAUAUAAAAUCAGUCAGUUAGCUACAACGUAGGACCAGGCACAUAUAUGCACCGGUCCAAGUUGCCAUACCUCAUUAACACAACAAGAUGGAUACCGGAUUCAUAAAAGUAGUUAAUUCAGAGGUGACAAUAUAUAAAAGAAAGAUUGCAAUAAGGAUAUAGUACAGGAAGAAAGAAUUAGUUCGUAGAACGAAAGAUAUGAAGCGAUUUUAAUCUCUUAGUUUAAGGGAAGACAGAGAGUGUAUACACCGAUGCCAUUGUGAUCGAUUCUGAGCCAUUUCACCAAGAGUCGCCAACCAUCGGUUACGAAAGUCACGCG